AUUUUGUGUGUGAAGCUUCCCAACUUCUGAGAAAGUUCUCACCACAGACCCCGCCGCAUGACUUCUCCCACCUUCACUCCCCCCUACUUGCCAUCGAUUCGCCCAGAUGAGACAGGAAAAGCUUCGGCAUUGGCCAUUGGAGGUGGGCAGAACAUGCUGAGAGAAUGUCGCUGAGGGGGCAAGUUUGAAUUGAGCCGGUUUCUCCUUGCCUAUUUUUUUUUGCUUUUCCUAUACCCUUGUUUGCUUGAUUCCUUUCUUCUGGCCGUCUUCCUUCGUGUAUGAUACCGGUACAAGUACUCGAGUAUGGUACUGGACGGUACGUUUGCUCAGGGUUUGCACUGCUUCACUGCUCGCUCUCACCUGCACAAAGACACUGAGCCUACCCGAGUCGUACCCGGAGCGGUAGAGAACCCAAGCCAAACCCGCCUCCCGCUACACCUGCUCAAGUAUCAUACCCUGCACACCGCAAGGCUACGAUAGGUACAGUAUCAUAUAAUAAAACCCCCCAGAGGGAGCGAAGCAAGAGGAAAGGGGAUAUCAUACAAGAAGCAUUGAAGCCCCUCCCCCCUCCCCCCUCCAGAAAAGAAAACCAGCACACCUUUUUUAUUUUUUACUUUCAUCCCACCUAAUUCCAAGUUCCCUUCUUCCCUCCUUCCCUUCCCCUUCCUCGACCCUGUCCACUCCGCCCCUCUUGACCUCUGGUUUUGUUCUCAACACUCAUUUCAGUUUGCUUGCUUGCUUGCUUGCCCGAGCAGUACAGAGCUUGAAGUCCAGUCACCAACCAACACCGAAGGCCCGGUCGUACCAGUGACUUCCGCAGCGGAAACAUUACGUAUACCUCUUUUCGGUACUGCGAAGCGCACCCACACGCACCACGCAUACACGCAGACGACCCACCACCACCACUGCACAAACAAACUGCAAGAAAGUCAGAAAGGGAGUCUGCCGAUCCGAGAACCGGACCGCAGCACACUAUACUUCUCAGCACACUUGCGCAGACCGAGCAAGGAAGGGAGGAAGGAAGACCAAACGAAAACCCCGAAUUACAUUUCGCAUACCAUCCGAACGUACCAAUUUACAAACCCUAUCGUCCUCAAUCGUCAUUUCCCAAAUGUGCACGGUAUCAUCCUCCGACUCCCGUGCUCCGGACUACGAAACUGUCGAGCGGCGUUACAACAUAGCAGUAAACCUCGAAUCUUGGGAACUGUUAGCAAUGCACUCCAUCGCCGGUAAUGAGAGUAUCCCGCGCGUCCGCCUCCGCAUGUUAAAAUCACUCGCCGGCCUCCCCACCCGCGCAGAAUCUACCCCUCCGACACCGCCGCCACCAGUAGCACAAUCUUCCUCGGGAUCUAUGGGGAAUGGGAGGAGGAGGCUAUCGAGAGAGCAGCAGUGAUGAUUUAGUUCCUGUUCUCUCCCUUUCCUCUUUUCCUUUUUCCUUGUUGCUGGAUUGUCUGAUCUUUUGCCUGCUAAGUAUGAUGACUUGCCUAGCGAAGAUGGCGCAGAUGGGGGUCUCCCCCCUCCCUUCCCCCCCCCUAAUUUAUCGAAAAUUGCGGGUCAGGAGUUGAUUUUAUCUUUAUUUUAUGUUUCCCUUAACUUGGUGAGGAUCGAGUGAGAUGAGAGGUUGGUUGGGUACGAUAUAAUAUUGGGUAAAUUUACUACAGGAGGAGUAUCACGGAAAGGGGACGGGAAUUGGAUUGCGCUCUCGCAAGAUACUCAUGACUGUUAUAGCAUAGAUAUGCUUUUUAGUACAUUAUGCUAAAGUACCAAUCCAAGAGUUUUCGCUA